AUGUUAGAACAUAGUCAAUAUAUCAAAUAUUUUAAUUAUUUUCAAUGCAAAUGUCGAAAAAAAAUUCGUGAAUUUUAUCCUCAUCGAUGGCAAUAUGAUAAUCGUCAUGAUGAUAACAAUUGUCCUUUCUUUAAAAGAUGUAAUUAUUUUAAGGUACUUCAAACUGUUGAUCCAGAAAAAAAAUAUCAGAAAGAAGAAAAACUCGGUUGUCUUAACCAAAAAGGCUCUUUAAUGAGAUUUAAAAAUUAUUUUCGAAUAUAUAAACUAGAUUAUAAUAUCUUUUUUUGGGUAAAAAAUUUUAAAGAUACAGAUUUUAAACAAUACAUUUUCAGAAAAGGUAAAAAGAAGAAAUUAGAAAAAAUUAUUAAAGAUGUUGAUAUUUUAGUUAGUAAUCAUAUAACACAAAUUGAAGAAUAUAAAUUAAAAUCUCCCGAAUAUCAACACAAUCUCCUUCUAUUCAGUCUUUAUUGA